UCACAUCGUGAUGUUGGUGGUUGUUGUUGUUGUUCACCCAGGUACAGCCUCGCUUCUUCUCUCCCUCUCUCUCUCGUAGCGAUAGCAAUUGAGUAGCGGCAAGUAUGGAAUCGAUGUCCAGGUUGGAACGUUACUACGUGGGGCCGAGCCACUCAGGCCUUGCCUCCUGCCCUUGCCUCACUGACUUUGCUUUGAUUCUCUUAAGUUUAAUUUGUCUUCACCUGGCUGACUACUUCACCUCUCAGAGUCUCCAUACUCUCGUUCAGAAUCAAUCACAUGGAGAAGAGAGGCUCGGCAAAGGCUGGAAGUCAAAGGCACCAAUGCAUCCAGUGUCCAUACAGCACAGAUCAUAUGGGCAACUUGAAAAGACAUCAGAGAAAACACACUGGCGAGAAGCCUUUCAAGUGCUCUGUGUGUGGAAAAGCAUUUACACGAAUGAAUCGCAUGGAGAAGAGACCCUCAACACAGCCUGGUGAUAAAACGCACCAGUGUUUAUACAGCACGGAUCGCAUUGUACGUUUGAAGCAGCAACAAAGCAUACGCAGGGCCGAGAAGCCCUUCAAGUGCAUUGUAUGUGGUAGGGCAUUUGCAGAGGCAGGAACUCUUAAGAAACAUAAUAGAACACACACGGGCGAGAAGCCCUUCAAGUGUACUGUGUGUGGGAAGGCAUUUGCUCGUUCAGAAACUCUUCAUAUUCAUCAGAGAACACAUACCGGUGAGAAGCCCUUCAAGUGCACCGUGUGUGGGACGGCAUUUGCUCGUUCAGAAACUCUUCAUAUUCAUCAAAGAACACACACGGGUGAGAAGCCCUUCAAGUGCACUGUGUGUGGGAAGACAUUUGCUCAUUCAAAAACUCUUCAAAUUCAUAAGAGAACACACACAGGUGAGAAGCCCUUCGAGUGCACUGUGUGUAGGAAGACAUUUGCUCAUUCAGACAUUCUUCAUGUUCAUCACCGAACACACACCGGUGAGAAGCCCUUCAAGUGCAGUGUAUGUGGUAAGGCAUUUGCCGAGUCAGCAAAUCUUAAGAAACAUAAUAGAACACACACAGGCGAGAAGCCCUUCAAGUGUACUGUGUGUGGGAAGGCAUUUGCUCGUUCAGAAACUCUUCAUAUUCAUCAGAGAACACACACCGGUGAGAAGCCCUUCAAAUGCACUGAGUGUGGGAAGGCAUAUGCUCAUUCAGAAACUUUUCAUAUUCAUCAGAGAACACACACCGGUGAGAAGCCCUUCAAGUGCACUGUGUGUAGGAAGGAAUUUGCUCAUUCAAAAUCUCUUAAUGUUCAUCGGAGAACACACCAAGUUCAUAAGUCCUACAAGUGCCUGGUGUGUGGGAAGGUAUUGGCUCAUUCAAAAUCUCUUAGGAAACAUAAGACGAUACAUUCAGGUGAGAAUCCUUUCAAAUGCUCUGUCUGUGGAAAGGCGUUUACAUUAUCAGGAAACCUAAAGAGGCAUGAGAAGAUACACAAGGAGAAAGUGAAAUCGACUUGUGAAAGUCAACAUGCUGCAAUGUGCCUAUCUCUCAUGAAACGAGAAUCAGAAGAAAAUUCCAACUUGGCAACACAGCCAGGAGUGACGGUGAAAUGUGAAGAAGUGAAAUGUGAAAAAGUGAUGGUGAAAUGUGAAGAUCAAGAUUCGACUCCAGCACCCAAUCUACAAGUGGAUGGGUGCAGCGUGAAGCAGGAGGAGCAUCCUAAUUCUGAAGGAGAGCGAGGCAAUCCCCAGCAGUUUGUGGAUGUGGAGGUGUGGGUGGAGUUUUUGAAAAAAUCUGAGUAGGAGGGGCCAGCACGUGUGAAAUGGCACCUUGGAAGAUGUGUCACCUGGAGUUUGAGACGAUUUUCCAUAGCAUUCGCCUUAUUCACAGGCUCCUGUCAUUUAAAGAAUGCAUAGGGGUUUAGGUGUCUUCCAAGCAGAGAUGGGCUUUCUGUCCAUAUGAAGUUAUGGAGUGUCGAAGUUAAAUAGUCGAUAUGCAGAACAUUAUCCUGCCUUAUAAAACACGAAUUAGGAAUGUAUUUUGAUGGUUAGAUAUUCAAUUAAUACAGACGUACCUCGUAAUUGCUCAUUAGGGACCAGAGCACUGCAAUAAACCUAAAAUAGCAAUAAAGCGAGUCACGUGCUUUCUUUUCACUUGCGAAUGCAUAUAAAAGCCUUAAAACAUGUUUAAACUACACUAUAUUCAACGCGCAAUGCAGCUACAGUAUGCCUAAAUUAACGAUGUACGUAAAUAAAUAGAAAAGUUUAAAUUACGCCGACUGAUUCGCUAAGUUCACAUGCAAAAAGUGGGAGUUGCAAUCUGAUCAGCCAAUCAGAUUGUAAAUGAUGUAUAUACGUAAUUAUUCAUCUAAUCUUAUUCUCUUGCUCAGUUGAGAAUCUUGAGAUGCCACAUUUAUCUUAAAAUUCCACAUUUAUAAAAAAAAAAAACUUAAUUAUAGCGAAGCGCAAUAAAGCGAAGCGCAAUAAGGCGAGGUACGCCUGUAAGUAUGAAUUGUAACUGUUGGACAUUACUAUUAAAGUGGCUGUCAGGUGUGACCAUUCUUUUCUGCAUGCUCUCAAUCUGUUUUUGAUUGCUUUUUAAAUACACUUUAAUAAAAGAAAAGGUAAGCAUU